UCAAGAAUCUUCCGCUUGACGUAAAAAGCACUUAAAACGUAUAAAAAAAGUGAUACAAAAACACGGUACGUAAAAUGUAUUUAAUUUAUUUCCUUUUGUUAGUGCGUAUAAUUCAUGGGAUUGAUCAAGAUGCAUACAACUUGAAAGUUGAGUAUUUAGAAGAAUUGAUAGAUAAUGAAUUGAAGAGGUUUAAGGAUUAUAAAUUGCCAACUGACAAUAGGCAAUUGCUGGGAAGUGUAGAUCGAAGGAGUAUUACUUAUGAGUAUGGAGUGUUUGAUUUUAUCAUAGUUGGAGGAGGAUCAGCUGGCUCAGUAGUGGCAAACAGAUUAUCGGAAAUUCAAAAUUGGAAAGUUCUCAUCUUGGAGGCUGGAGAUAUAAAUGAUGACUUGACAGACAUUCCAUUUUUUUUCGAACCAGCUGCAAACUCUGAAAGGAAUUGGGGUUACUUUACUGUGCCUCAGAAAAAUGCUUGUCUUGGAAGGACAAAUAACCGAUGCCCCUAUGUCCAAGGCAAAAUCCUAGGUGGAUCAGGAACAAUGAGUGGUCUUGUUUAUUCAAGGGGAAUAAAGAAAGAUUACGAACAGUGGGCAAAACAAGGCAUUCCUGGAUGGUCUUGGAACGAUGUUUUACCGUACUAUAAGAAAAUUGAAAAUUAUGAAUCACAAAAUAUAGAUUUAAACUACAGGGGCUUUAAGGGACCCAUCAACAUAGCUUAUGUACAACCUAGAGGGUCCAUACAUAAGAAAAUUAUAGAAGCUCAUCAAGAAAUUGGUAUUCGAUACAUUGAAGAUUAUAAUGCACAAAGGAUUAGCGGAAUCUCAUACACCCAACACAACAUUGAAAGAGGAAUAAGAGUAAGUGGAGCAAAUAAUUACGUUAGACCAGCUUGGAACAGAAUUAACUUCAAUGUUACUCUUAAUGCAUUCGUUACAAAAAUACUUAUAAACCCAAUUACAAAAAAAACCCAUGGUGUGGAAUUUGUAAGUGAAAACAGGAAGUAUAUAGCACGAGCAAAAAAAGAAGUUAUAAGUUCAGCUGGUUCCAUAAAUUCUCCGCAGCUUUUGAUGUUAUCCGGCAUUGGACCUAAAUCAGACUUGUUGAAAUUAGGGAUUGAAGUCAUUCAGGAUCUACCAGUUGGUAAACACACGAAGGAUCACAUCGGUUUCCAGUCAUUCUAUCUCAAAUCGAAUUACGUUGAACCUAUAGUUCCAACAAGGAAACUCGUGGAGGAAUAUUUGGAUGGAAAAGGUUUUUAUACAGCUCCAACAAAUUAUCGUUUGACAUCUUAUUACAACGCCAAUAAUUUAUCGUCACCAUAUCCUAAUAUAGAGGUGGAGUUCUCUUUUCCAAAGCCAAUAUCAGCAGGGUAUCCGGGUUUGAACAAUUUCAAAAAGAGCAUAAAUAAUUUCCUUGAAACGGUCAAUCAGUCCACUACUUGGAGUCUGGAACUGUUCCUACUCCAUCCAAAAUCAUCAGGAUCUCUGAAACUGAAAUCAGCUGAUCCUAGAGAUUUUCCUUUGAUUGACAGCAAUAUUUUCGGUGAUGUUGAGGACUUAGAGGAUAUAUACAAGGGCGUUGAGGUGUCUUUGAGGUUACUGGAUACCACUGUAGGCAAAUCGUUGAACUUAACCCUCGAUUUGAAAGUUCCAGAAUGUGCAGGUGAAAAAUACAGAUCGAAGAAAUUUUGGUAUUGUAUUCUACGUCAUUUGGUUGGACCUGCACUACAUCUUUCUUCUUCAACUAAGAUGGGUAAUACACAAGACCCUUUGGCAGUGGUGGAUCAUGAGUUUAGGGUUUAUGGAAUCAAAGGACUUAGGGUGGCUGACGUAGGGGUCGUUCCAGGUACUGUAACAGGUCAUAUCAACGCUCAAGCAUUUUUGAUUGGAGAAAGAGCUGCUGAUAUGAUCAAGAAAGAAUAUCUCGUUCAGUAAUGAAAUAAAGGAAAUAUAUUAAGA